CACUGGGCUCUCACUGUCUUCAGCCUCCUUGUGGUUUCAGUAAAGAUAAAGAAGCAUUUACUCCGUUGCACAAUUUCUUCCUUGAGACUUGCCACAGAAGUUAAUGAAGAGGAGUUGAUUCCACACAUAAAAGACUUCAUAAAGCACAAUGGCUCUGGCUUGUCCCCACAUGAACUGCUCAGGAUGGAGCUGGCUGUUUCAGACAAACUGCAUGGGGAACUUCACAUCAGGAUGCUGCUGGACUUUCUGUCCAUAUUGCACACCCCAGUGGUCCUGCACUGGCCCCACAUGAAGGAGCUGAGGCCUCAAAGGGAUCCUCCCCUCUAUGUAGAAUCUCUGACUAGCCAGCUGCAGCUGUGUGUGGUGGGCCAUCAGCUGCUGCAGCUCAAGGGUUCCAUGCUGGCCUUGGUCAUCACCACCUUCAAGCUGGAGAGACUCAUGCCAGACAGCUGUAUUCCUAUACCUGACCUGCUGAAGAAGGCACAGGUUGGUAUUACGCAGUGGAAUGGUUGCAAAGAGCUUGUAAAACAACAACUGGCAAGCCUUUUCUCAUCGUCCUGCAUGGACACUUUGUAG